UUAUAAUCCAACGAUCUUUACCUUUGGGGCAGAGAAAGAGAAAGUAAACGAGCCGAAAAGAGGGGUUGGGCUCGUGUGCUGUGCUUCUAAGUUCUAACAUUUCCAUCUCAUCUCAUCCUCAUCUGCUUCUGCGCCAUUGCAUCUCAUCACAUCACAUCACAUCACAUCACACUCUGUCCGCAACAUAACGUUGGGAAAAGUCCAAACUACCCUCCCACCGAGAUGGACGCAGUAGGCGCCGAAGAUCAGUCCCCGGAAGCGGCGAUAUCGCGGUGGAAAUUCGCGGCGUCGCGGCAGUACCAGCACAUUCUGGACAAAACGACGCCGCACGUGCUCCGGCGGUGGAUCGGGUGCUUGGUGGUGGCCUCGGUGUACGUGCUCCGCGUCUACUUGGUCCAAGGCUUCUACAUCGUCUCCUACGCCCUCGGCAUUUACAUCCUCAACCUCCUCAUCGGCUUCCUCUCCCCUCAGGUCGAUCCCGAGAUUCACGACGGCCCCACCCUCCCCACCCGAGGAUCCGACGAGUUCCGCCCCUUCGUUCGCCGCCUCCCCGAGUUCAAGUUCUGGUACUCGAUCACAAAGGCAUUUUGCAUUGCUUUUGUGAUGACUUUCUUUAGUGCAUUUGAUGUUCCAGUAUUCUGGCCAAUACUCCUUUUCUACUGGGUGGUCCUAUUCACACUUACAAUGAGGAGACAGAUAUCACACAUGAUCAAAUACAAAUAUGUUCCAUUCUCAUUUGGGAAACAGCGCUAUUUUGGAAAGAGACCACCAGCAGAAAGCACAAGCCCUACCGUGAACUGAAAUUGUCAGUUUAAUUGAACUUUUUUUACUACAUUUAAGUCACAAUCCCGCAUGUGGCUUGAUAUCAUCUACAGUAUAUUUUAGCAGCUGGAGCAAUCUGAGGAUUUGGUGGCUGGAGAAGAUUGCUUUGAGGUCUAGCAUGGACGUAUAACAUCUGGAUGUUCAAUUCCCAAUUGAGAAACUGUUUGGACAUCUUCAAUGUUUCUACGCCCUGGUAGAAGCUUUAGCUUUGGGGAGAUGUUGACGUCCCCCUUCUAGUAAAAUCCUUUUUCUUUAUUUUCUUUUUCUAUAUAGGUGGGCAAAUCCAAACUCUUAUUGCUGAAUUCAUAGUUUAAUAACGAGAAUUUUAAGAAGCCUGUGCAGAAGGAACUCCCUUCAUUAUUUGCAAUGGGGUAUUAACGAUCUGGCUUUUCCAUUGUAUUUUUUUCCUUUUAAUCACGUGAUUUUCAGGAACCCAUUUUUUUCUCUAUAAAUUUGCCCAAACAAUACUAUUACCCCUUUCAGGUUUUCUUGGCA